AUGCCAAAUAUCACUGCAAUAAGUGGAUUCAUCCUUAUGGGGUUCUCUGACAUCCAGGACCUACAGACUGUAUGUGGGGUAUUCUUCCUAGUGAUGUACAUGACAGCCCUAAUAAGUAACCUGAUCAUCAUCACUCUCACCACAUUUGACUUGCAGCUUCAAACACCUAUGUACUUCUUUCUGAAGAAUUUGUCCCUUUUGGAUAUCUUCUUCGUUUCUGUUCCUAUCCCAAAUUUCUUUGUCAGUAGUCUAACUCACAACAAUUUCAUUUCCAUUCUUGCUUGUGGCCUACAGGUAUUUCUAAUGACUUCAUUCUCAUCAGGGGAAGUAUUUGUCCUAACUGCUAUGUCCUAUGACCGCUAUGUUGCCAUCUGUUUUCCUCUCCACUAUGAUGCCAUCAUGAAUGAUGGUGUGUGUGUCCUGAUGGUGGGUGUUUCUUGGGCUACCGGGGUACUGUUUGGAGCUAUAUAUACAGCUGGCACAUUUUCCAUGCCUUUCUGUGGAUCCAAUGUGAUCCCACAAUUUUUUUGUGAUAUUCCCUCUUUGCUACACAUAUCUUGUUCUGAAUCACUUGUGGUCGUUUAUACAAGUCUUGCCAUUGGUGUGUGUCUAGGCACAUCUUGUUUCAUCUGUGUUGUAGUCUCUUACUUUUAUAUUUUCUCCACUGUUUUGAAGUUUCCUACUACUAAAGGAAAGUCCAAAGCAUUUGCUACAUGCAUCCCCCACCUCACUGUUUUCAGUGUCUUUAUUGUUACUGCCUGCUUUGUCUAUCUGAAGCCAUUGUCAAACAUACCAUCAAUUAUUGACAGGCUUUUUUCUGUGCUAUAUACUCUUUUGCCUCCAACACUUAAUCCUGUGAUCUACAGCCUGAGAAACACUGAUGUUAAUAGUGCUUUGAGGAAGUUGCAACAAAAUAUCUGCUAG